AUGGAAACAUGCUACUUGAAUUGUGCUUUACCUUCCACUUCUACAACAACAACAUCACCUAUAACAUCUCCAGCGAUUGAAAGACACCAGCUGCAACAGCAACAGCAAUCUCAGCAAUCGCCUAAAAUUAAUAAAUCUAUUCAGGAAACUUGGUCACUGCGCACAGUUUCCAUGUUGCAACAGGAUUCAUUGGUACUUGUUGAUAUCGCCUGGGAAGCGUUAAAUACGCCCAAUCAGUGUCUUAUCAGCUGGGAGGUUUCCGGUGGCGGUUUAAUGGGUAACCUCUUGACAGAGUCAUCGAAUGUACAACUAUCAUUGUGGCCGGACACCAAGUAUCGCGUCAAAGUGACAUGCAAAAAUAAGCUCACCGGUUUCAUGUCACGCUCCCUGCCGCUGAGCAUUGACACCUCGGAAGCGGUGAAUGCACACGAACAUACUGCUCAACAUAGAACACAGUCGCCCGAUGCCGAUGCUAUGGCAACUUCCACAACAACCGUAAUCAACAAAAUCUACAAAUCAUUCAAAAACGAACAACAACUACCACAACAAAUCGCCAACAAUGCACUUGAACACGUCCAGAAUAGUAACAAUGACGAUAACUCCGCUCUAUCUGCACAUCAACGCGGCUAUGUUGCUGAAGUCGAGAAUGCUGCAGUACUGCCAUACGACGAACACGACGACGAUCAGGAUCAGUCAGCAGAAACUCUGAAUCAGCACACGAAUUUCAUUUUCAACUGGCAUGCCAAGAAUAGUGAUAUCAGCGCCAUUGAACCACUACAGAAACCCAACCUUGACGUAUUCACCAUUGCUGCUUUCUCUGAUUUCGAGAAGCCGCUGCUCUUUGGCCUAAUCGCUGCCACCUUCAUGAUCACUAUGAUGCUGCUUGCGUAUAGGUGUUCGGUGCAACGACAUCGUUUGGCCGAGAAAGAUAUGCUAAUAAUCGAUGAUGGGGUGCAUGCGGUUGUUGUGUCAAUGCCGCCGGCCAUGUUAGCUGCGCGCGCUAACAACAAAGCGGCGGCACGAAAAGCCAUGGAGAGCGGAAGAAGUGAUUGUGGUGGGAGUGCGCAAGGUGCGACGUCGCUAGCUUAUCAACGUGGUAGCGAUGAGGAGGAGGAGGAAUGUGAGCGCGGUGUGGAAGAGGUGUGUAGUAAUCCAGCGAUUUGCUCGAGAAAUGCGCUCAAAGUGUAAGUGAGUGUAGAUGAGUGCAAAAUGUGUGAGAGGCGCCAGUCAGUCGGCCACAAAAUGGGCAAAUUGGGGCGCAUGAGUAAUGAAGUGUUCAAACUAAAUUGAUUGAGACAGGAAUUAAGUAACACACACUACGCAAAGAAAAUUAAAGAAA